CCAAGCUGCCCACUAUACGCUUAACCAGCGACCAGCCCUCAUGCCACCAUCUCCCAGACUUGUAACUCAGACCAAUCCCGAGCUGGUGACGCUCAAGGUCCGUCGAACAAGUACCCCGCGCGGAGUAUCAAUCGCUCGAUACGAGCUGGAACAAGACUCCUCAGCGUAGCAGCACGCCCCCCGCACGCAUAUACACACAUCCGCAAAUGCCCAAGAUGAGUUCAGCAGUCAGCGUAAAGGUUAAGCACAAUGGCGUCGUGCAUGAUGUCACGCUGGACCCGAGCUCGCCCGCCUCGGCCUUCAAGGACGCCAUCUACCAGAAGACUGGGGUGCCAUUGGACAGACAGAAGGUCAUGAUCAAGGGCGGCAUGCUCAAGGACGAUGCGGACAUGACGAAAUUGUCGGCAAAGCCGGGACAGACGUUUAUGCUGCUUGGCACCGCCGGACCGCUACCCUCAGCGCCAAAGAUGAACAUCACCUUCAUCGAAGACAUGGACGAUUCUGAGUUGGCAAAGGCGACGCGGACCAAGGCCGGUCUUACAAAUCUUGGCAACACUUGCUAUCUAAAUUCGACCUUGCAAGUGCUGAGGGCGGUCCCCGAACUGCAAUUGGCGCUCAACAACUUCGCACCGGGCAUGGGAGGCGUCGAUGGCGAAUCAAAUUUGACUGCUGCUUUGAGGGAGCUGUAUAAAGCUAUGGGCUCCACGACCGAAGCUUUUCCUCCCCUAGCUUUCUUGUCGAUUCUCCGACAAGUUGCUCCACAGUUCGCAGAGAUGGCUCAAUCAUCGCAGCCUGGCAUGGGCGGCGGCGGCUAUGCUCAGCAGGACGCUGAAGAAGUAUGGGUACGCAUCCUGAAUGCUCUGCAAGCUUCGCUAGGCGGCCUGCCCGCCUCAUCUGCGGGGGGCUCCACCUCUGGUGGAAACACAAAAUUCGUUGAGCAAUUCAUGACCGGCAGGAUCACUGUCAAACGGUCCACCGCUGAGGCAGCGUCUGAAGAGCCAACAUACGGCGAGGAACCGUUCUCAGUGCUGCAAUGCAACAUCUCGUCAAGCACUAACGAAAUGACUUCUGGAAUCUUGGACUCGUUGAACCAGCAGCUCGAGAAACAUUCGGACACUUUGGGUCGCACAGCUGUGUAUGACGAAGUACGUCGCGUUGAUCGAUUGCCAGCGUACCUCACCACCCACUUCGUGAGGUUCUACUGGAGGCGUGAUAUCAACAAGAAAACAAAAAUCAUGCGCAAGGUCAAAUUCCCAUUCGAUUUGGAUGUGACCCCUUUCCUCUCGGGCGCACUGAAAGAGAAGAUCGCGCCUGCGCAUGCGAAGAUUUUGAGUGUAGAGAAGGACAGAGACGAGCGAGCAAAGAAUCGGCGCAAAGCAAAAGCACAGAGAGAAAAGGACGUCAAGAGUGACGCAGCCAAGAAUGCUGAUCCAGCGUCCCUUGGCACUGCUACGAGCGGAGGAAUCGACGCGCCCAUCUCAUCUGACCCUCGUGCGACGGACCAGACGGAGGAAAGGAUGGGCAACGCUUCUAGUACAGGCGCCGUGGACGCCAAGUCCCAGCCCGGACAAGCGUUGUCGGACGAAGACGAAAGGGCGCUCAGAGCCAAAGAAGAUGCGGAUGUCAAGGCGAGCGUUCAUCCCGAUUUGGCCAAGGACACUGGAUGUAACUACUCAGGCUUGUACGAGCUGGUCGGAGUGGUCACGCACAAAGGUGCGGCUGCCGAUGCCGGACACUACAUCAGCUGGGUCAGGAAGGAUCUUGAGAGCGACGAGGAGGCGUUGCAACGAAUCACGGAAAAGCCAGACGAGCAAGAAUGGUACAAAUUUGACGACGAUAGAGUCUCCACGGUCAGCAAGGAUAAGAUCCGAGCGCUUGACGGUGGAGGCGAAGACUCGGUGGCGUAUAUCCUCCUUUAUCGCUCCAAAAAGUGAGCGGCUCCAACCAAAAGCCAACGUUCACAGACCGCAACCUCAGAAGUCGCAAUCUACAACGGUUGCGAACGCUCUGGAGGGUGAACAUCAGACUCUCGACGCAGCGCAUGCGACGAGAUUGGGAGGCGCGAAAGCGAUGUCUAUCCACAAUAGAUGUUUAUCACUCGC